UGACCCCUUCUAAAGUGGUUACUACCAAUCUCAUUUUCAUACUAUGUAACAAAGGUUUUCUCAUUUUUUAUUUUUUAUUUUUUAAAUUGAAAUACAUGGCUUAGGAAAAGAACGAAGAAAUUCUUUUGUACAAAUGUGUUUAACAUCGGUGUUCGACGGUAGUUAUUCGAAAAAUGAAUCUUCAAACUUUGUUUCAAGAUUUCAAUCCAAGCAAAUUCAUCGUCCACACAUCGCUGAUGAUAUUUACGGCUCUGUUCGCCUUAAAACUUGAUGGAUCCAUCGACUGGUCCUACUGGACGGUCUUCUCUCCGAUAUGGUUCUGGAAAUUUAUGGUGAUCUUGGGAGCAGCAGUCGGCAGUUAUGUCUGGUGGAGAUAUCCUCAUUUCAGAUUGGAGGGAGAGGCUUAUGUUCAUUACAAAGCAAUGCUUAUUAGUUUAGCAUUGCAUUUAAUUUUGCUUAUGUUUGAAUUGCUUGUGUGUGAUAAACUACAGUCAGGCCGGCAUCUUUGGAUUCUUGUGUUUAUUCCUCUAAUAUUCAUAUCAAUUGUUUCAAUCGCUGUGUGUAUUUGGGCUGUUAAACAUGACCGUUCAUUUGAGCUUGAAUUGUUCUGUGCUGUGAAUAUGCUGCAGUUUAUAUUUUUAGCUCUGCGUUUAGAUGGAUUUACUUCAUGGAGUUGGGAAGUUGUAUUCGUCCCACUAUGGAUAGUUAUGUGCUUGUCUUUAGUAGGGGUUUUGUACACGAUCAUUUUCGCUGGGAUUCUUUUGAGAACACCUCAAGUAAACGCCAGGCAGAGGAGGACAUCUUUUAACUCUGCACUUGCCUAUACAUUCUUGGUGAUACCUAUAUUAAUAUUCCAGGUACUUCUUACGAACAAAUUAGACGGUGAUAUAUCAAUGGCAUACAUUGGAGUGGCUUCGCCAUUAUUUUUAAGUUUUUUCACAUUGAUAUUGAUGUCAUUUAGUGCCAAAGGAGGCAAUAGAUGGUGGUUUGGCAUUCGUAAAGAUUUUUGCCACUUUCUCCUGAGCAUGUUCCCAUUUUUGCAAGAAUACGCCAACAUCGCUUACAGUACGAACAACCAGUCGAGUGGAGAGCCAGGGUCAAGAACAAGAGGAGAUAAAUCUAAGAAACAAAUCGAUGUAAACAAGCCAGUCGUACCUAUAAUAUCAAUUGAAACUCCCGACUAAAUCCAAUUCUUAUAUUCAUGUUAUAAUUAAGAAUUGUAGUAUUUAAAAAACUAACAUAAAAAAUUAGUUAUUUUUCUUACAUUUGCUUAAUGAAUUGUCAUUAACUCUCAGUACAUCAUAGACAUUCCUAUGAGAGGAAAUUGAUUAAAAAACAAAACAACAACCCUCAGGGGAAUCAUUUCUCCAUGACAAAUUCCAUAUAGUUACCCAAUUCAACAAUAUUUGUGUCAUGGUUAUGUACUUAGUUUUCUAUGUGAACCACUGUAUUGACAUAAUGUACCAUUCAAAUGUUAUUUUCAUUGAUAAGAUGCCAUUGUUGGUACAAUACUUGGUAAGUCGGGUUUUAUACAUUUUCAUGUUUGAUUCGUGCCUGCCAGAAAUUGUAUUAUAGUAUUAAAUUAUAAUCUGUAAGGGUCUUAUUUAAGUGUAUUCAAUACAAUCUAUCACUCGACUAAUUCUUUUAAGACUGACAGUGUUAUCUUUAUAAUUAUUGUUUAGCUAAAUUUUGUCUUUAAUAUAGGUUGACAUGAACAAUUUUGAUAAAUUUUAAUUAUAUAUAUGUUUUGUUUAAGCUAGUUAUACUUCAUUUUAUUUGAUCAGGCAGAUUGGCCUUCAUAUAUUAUUGAAUUGUUUAUUAAAAUUUCGAAAAUUUUAUUUAAUUUGACCUUUUCAAUGUUUAUUAUUGUUCAA